CCUCAGGCCUCCAGGAUGCCCAUCCCUGCCUCCUGGCCCUACCCUCCUCCUUGCCUGCUGCUGACUCUACUGCUGGGCCUUCCAGGAGGGGCAGGUGAGGAGCUGCAGGUGAUUCAGCCUCUGAAGUCAGUGUCUGUCCCAGCUGGAGAGACAGCCACUAUGAGCUGCACUGUGACCACCAUACUCCCCGUGGGGCCCAUCCUGUGGUUCAGAGGGACAGGGCCAGGCCGGGAGUUAAUCUACAGUCUCAAAGGAGGCCACUUCCCCCGAGUAACAAGUGUUGCAGACGCCACGAGGAGAGACAACUUGGACUUUUCCAUCCGCAUCAGUAACCUCACCCCAGCAGACACAGGGACCUACUACUGUGUGAAGUUCCGGAGAGGAGGUGAUAGUGACAUGGAGUUCAAGUCUGGAGCAGGCACUCAGCUCAGCGUGAGUGCCAAACCCUCUCGCCCUGUGGUAUUGGGCCCCACAGGCAGGUCGCCGCCUGGGCAGACAGUGAGCUUCACCUGCCAGUCCCAUGGCUUCUCCCCCAGAAACAUCAUCCUGAAAUGGUUCAAGGAUGGGAAUGAGCUCCCAGCCUCCCAGACCACCGUGGACCCAGAGGGAGACAGCCCUCCCUACAACGUCUCCAGCACAGCCAGGGUGCUGCUGGCCCCGGGGGAUGUUCGCUCCCAGGUCAUCUGCCAGGUGGCCCACGACACCCUACAGGGGGACCCUCCUCUUCGUGGGACUGCCAACGUGUCUGAGGCCAUCCGAGUUCCGCCCACCUUGGAGGCCACCCAGCACCCCAUGGCAGGGAACCAGGAGAACAUCAUCACCUGCCUGGUGAAGAACUUCUACCCCCGGCGCCUACAGCUGACCUGGCUGGAGAACGGAAAAAAGUCCCGAACAGAAACGGCCUUGACCCUCAUAGAGAACCAGGAUGGGACCUUCAGCUGGAGGAGCUGGCUCCUCGUGAAUCUGUCUGCCCACAGGGAGGAUGCGAUGCUCACCUGCCAGGUGGAGCACGAUGGGCAGCCGGCACUCACCACAAACCUCACCCUGAUGGCCUCUGCUCACCAGGACAAGGACAAAGGAAGCACAUCCUCCCAUCUGGCCAACCUCAUCCUGUCCCCAGCAUCCCCCGCCAUAUACAAGCUCAUUGGGGGUGCACGUCCAGGGACGUCUGCCGUUAUCUUUGUGACUUUCCUCCUGGGCUUCAAGGUGCUGCUGGUGAUGAGUGUCACCGUCACCUACAUCCACAGGUGGCGGGACCUGUAG